AUGAAUAUAAGAAUGUUUUCAUUGUUAAAGUCAUCCAAUGUGCAGGUGCUCUUGUUAUGCAUAUCAAGUGCAGUCACGAUGGCUGUUCCUUAUUGCGUGGGGCAGCUGAUUGAUAUUAUAACGACAGCCAAUGGAAAUGUAAAAGAUAAUUUAGUUUCUUUUUGCUAUGUGUUGAUUGCUAUAUUUGCAAUUGGAGCCUUGGCAAAUUGUGGACGUGUUUACUUAAUGAAUAUGUCGUCAUACAGAAUUGUUAAUUCUUUGAGAAAGAAAACUUAUUCAGGAAUUCUGCAACAAGAAGUUGGUUUCUUUGAUCGAACCAGCACUGGAGAACUCGUCAAUCGUUUAUCUGCCGAUGCAGCAACCGUUGGCACUGCUAUAACUAAUAAUGUUUCUGAUGGUUUGAGGUCAUUUAUCUCAUUCAUUGCUGGUUCCUCUCUUAUGAUUUAUACAUCACCACAUUUGGCACUUCUUGGUUUGAUAACAGUAGCACCAGUGGCUGUAAUUGCUGUGAUAUUUGGAAGAGUACUGAAAAGAAAUUCUAAAGCUGUUCAAGAUGCUCUUGCUGGAGCUACACAGGUUGCAGAAGAACGGAUUGGAAAUAUUCGUACUGUUCAAGCAUUUAAUAAAAUCUGUGAAGAAAUUUCAUUGUAUAAUGCUAAACUAGGCAAUGUGCUAAAUUUUGCUUCUACAGAUGCAAAAGUGCGAGCAGUUUUCUUUGGAUUUACGGGGUUCAGUGGAAAUUUGAUUAUCUUAUCAGUUUUAUACUAUGGUGGUCUUAUGAUGAGUGAAGGAACAAUCUCUGUUGGAAAUUUAUCUGCAUUCUUGAUGUAUGCUGCCUAUGUUGGAAUAUCAAUUGGAGGUUUAAGUACAUUUUACUCAGAACUAAUGAAAGGUUUAGGUGCGUCGACUGGUCUCUGGGCGUUAGUUGAUCGUAAACCUGUUAUUUCCUUACAAGGUGGCACAGCCCUGUCAAGCAUCAAAGGAGAUAUCAUGUUUGAACAUGUCAGCUUUCAAUAUCCUUGUCGUUCUGAUUCUUCUGUUCUCGAUGACUUUGAUCUGUCAAUUCCUGCAGGUUCUGUUUAUGCUUUAGUAGGGGCUAGUGGUUCAGGAAAAUCUACUGUUGCAUCAUUACUUUUAAGAUUUUAUGAUUGUUCUACAGGAAAAAUCACUUUAGAUGGCAAUGAUCUGAAAGUUCUUGAUUUAAAAUGGUUGCGAGAAAACAUUGGUGUUGUGAGCCAAGAGCCUACUUUGUUUUCCUUUUCAAUACGGGAAAAUAUUCUUUAUGGAGCAUUGGAAAAUCGCAAAUAUGAUGAUGCUGACAUAGAAAGAGCUUUAGAAAAGGCGAAUGCUUUGAAGUUCGUAAAAAGAUUUCCUUGUGGUCUCGAUACCGUUGUUGGAGAAAGAGGUGCCAUGUUAUCUGGUGGGCAGAGACAGCGAAUAGCAAUUGCAAGAGCAUUGUUGAAGGAUCCUAAAAUUUUGAUUUUAGAUGAAGCAACAAGUGCCCUUGAUGCAGAGAGUGAAUAUUUGGUACAGAAAGCUUUAGAUGAUCUGAUGAAAGACCGCACAGUAAUUACAAUAGCUCAUAGACUCUCUACGAUAAAAAAUGCCGAUGUGAUAGUUGUUCUUGAGAACGGAAAAGUUGUUGAGAAAGGCAAUUAUUUAGAGCUUGUUUCGAAAACUGGGCAUUUUCAUAGACUUGUACAGCAUCAAAAUUUAAUAUCUUGAUGACUGAGAAUGUUCAGGUUAACAGUUUUGGAGUAUUUAUAUGUAGUUAUUUGUUUUCAUAGUUUUGUUCAU